CAGGUGGUGCGGGUAAAUCAGGGAUAGUAUCUGAACUUUUAUCAAUUCUUUUUGAUGAGUGGUAUACAUGUAUUGAUUGGAAUGAUAUUGUUAAAUAUCUUAAUGAUACUCCAGAGGAUGUCGAGCAAAAACACAAAGGAUUUAUUCCGUUUCUAGCUAAAUAUGUAUUUAUGACAUCUCAUAAGCCUCCAGAGGAAGCUUUUAAUUUUCGCCGUAACUAUGUUAAUGACGAAUCAUUUACUCAACGCGAUUGGGAUCAGUUUUAUCGUCGUCUUGAUUUUGUAAUUGAGUUCACGGGGAAGUGGAAUGAUGAUAUAAACCAGCGCACCACCAAGCUCAUAUUUUACAAGGGUGAAUUUACUGUUGAUGAGCUAAAAACUAUAGUUCAAGGUUUAAAUCAAGAGCAAGAUGGUGAGGUGAUCAUAAAACAGAAUCAAGUUUACUGGUGUCGCCACUUUCCUGAAUUCAAGAAAAAUUAUCUAUGUGAUUAUCUUAGAUGCCGCGAGCUUUCUGAUUAUAAACAGGAGCUUUUACAACAAUCACAAUUA